AUUUCUGUUAAGUUAUCGAGAUGACAAGACAGAAAAUGAAGUUCUUACCAAUUUUCUUUAUAUUUAUUAUAUUUUAUCAAUUUUUUGAAUCUGAGAGUGCCAUCGGUGGUAUUUGUGGAAACCAACCUAUAUACCAGGGCUCCCGGAUUGUUGGAGGACAAAAUGCCCCACCUGGGAAGUGGCCAUGGAUGGUUAGCAUCCAGCACCCUGUUAGGAAAGAUUUCUCGCAUAUUUGCGGAGGAAGUGUCUUGAAUGAAAAUUGGGUUCUGACCGCAGCCCAUUGUUUUAAGCAUCUGCAAAGCAAGGAAGAAACAAAUACAUGGAGACUCGUGUUUGGAGCAAACGACUUAAUGUUUCUCGACUCAUCUGUGCAAAUCAGAAGGAUAAAAGAAGUCAUAUGGCCCAAAGCCUAUGAUCCAAAAACAGAGGCAAAUGACAUUGCCCUGAUGCGGUUAGACAAGCCUAUUGAGUUUACCGGUUAUGUGCAGCCGGCUUGUUUCCCAUCAGAGUCUGCUAAUGUUGAGAAAAAGACUGACUGUUACAUUGCAGGAUGGGGAGUUAUAGAAGAAGAAUCUGGAGAACCAUCAGAAGUUUUGCAAGAAGCCAAAGUGCAUCAAAUUGAUUCCAAGAAAUGUAACUCCAAAGACUGGUAUAACGGCGCCAUAGGGGAAUACAACCUAUGUGCAGGCCAUGAGAAAGGAGGGAUCGACAGUUGCCAGGGAGACAGCGGAGGACCUUUAAUGUGCAAAACUCCAAGAUCAAGGGUCUAUGCUGUAGUCGGAAUAACCAGUUGGGGAUCAGGCUGCGCAAGAGGCAAAAAGCCGGGUGUUUACACUUCCACCAAAUACUUUAUAAAGUGGAUUGCAAGUAAAGUUGAGAAAGAUGAGAAAGAGAAGCCAAAAAUCAUGAGGAAACGAUCAAUUCUGAAAAACAUCAUUAUGCCCAAUGGACAACUUCCAGAAGCGGAGAAUGUAGGGUUAACCAAAACCCUCAAAGGAAUUCAAGCAAAUACUGUUCAACCAACUGCAGAAGUGCAAGAGGAUCCGUAUGGCAGAGAAAAAGGGGCACAAGUUCAAUCUGGACACAUAAGAGAAAAGCCGAAACCUGAAAAAACAGCGCAACCACCAUCUGAAAGCAUUCUGAAUAGAAUUAUGAGUUGGUUACUUACAAAUAUACGAUGGACACCUGUUCCAACUGUAAAAAUUACUUAGCAUGAGUGCCCUUUUCCAUAACCAUCAGAAGGGUCAGACUGGACCCACGGGUAACCGGAGAAAACCCAGUGGCCCCCAGCCCUCAUGAGCUCCAGCAACCCAUAUUCCCAGAAGAAUUAUGACUGUACUAGUGUACUGGUCUGGAAAUUGGACCACUAGACUGGUCC